AUGAACCUUGAAGAGUAUUUUGCAAGAACUGGCUAUAACGGUUCCCUUGAAAAACAAGAUUUGGAAACCUUAACUGAUAUAUUCCAGCACCACAUCCGUGCUGUUCCCUUUGAAAACCUCAGCAUCCAUUGCGGGGAGAAAAUAACUUUGGAGCUGGAGCAUGUGUAUAACAAAAUUGUGCAGAGGAAGCGGGGUGGCUGGUGCAUGGAAAACAACCAGCUGUUGGGCUGGGUCCUAAAACAUCUGGGGUACGACACCAGCUUUCUGGGAGCGUAUGUGUUCAAUCCACACCAAAACGCGUAUGCCACCCUCAUGACCCAUCUCCUUGUAAAAGUAGUUAUUGAUGGCAAAGCCUAUAUUGUUGAUGGAGGCUUCCAGCCGAUGGAGCUUGUGUCGGGGAAAGACCAGCCCCAGGCUCCCGGCAUCUUUCGCUUCACAGAAAAAAAUGACAUCUGGUACCUCGAGAAAAUGAGACGGAAACAAUAUAUCCCCAAUCAAAACUUCUCUAACUCCGAUCUUCUGGAGAAAAAAGACUGUCGGAAAGUUUACAUGUUCAGCCUCGAGCCACGGACAGUGGAAGAUUUCCGUUUCCAGUGCACGUACCUUCAGACCUCUCCAGACUCCCUCUUUACGAAGAAGUCCAUCUGCACCCUCCAGACCACCGAUGGCUUUCGAGCGCUAAUUGGGUGGACACUCACUGAGACCACAUACAACUACAAGGAAAAUAUGGAUCUGGUGGAAUUUGUAACUCUUGAAGAUGAAGAAGUGGAAAAAACCCUCAAAGAGAAAUUCAACAUAACCCUUGAUAGAAAACUUGUCCCAGUUAAUGUCAAAGGAUUUUACACAAUCUAA